AUGGCGCCAACGGUGGAGAUCAGGAAUCUCACCUUCACCUACCCGGGAAUCGACGGCAAGCCGCCGCCCGGAGCACCGCCCCUCAUCGAGGACGUCUGCUUCUCCCUCGAAGCCGGUCAGCGCUGCCUUCUCGUCGGCUCCAACGGCGCAGGUAAGACAACGAUACUGAAGAUACUAGGCGGGAAGCACAUGGUGGAUCCGAGCAUGGUUCGGGUCCUGGGGAGGUCGGCCUUCCACGACACGGCGCUUACCUCCUCCGGAGACCUCUGCUACCUUGGCGGCGAGUGGAGGCGCGAUGUUGCCUUUGCGGGCUACCAGAGCAACACCAAGGGCACUCCUCAAACCUCCCCCAUAUGUCCAGGCGAACAGUCCGGACACAGAAGCACCCUCCCAAAGGACCUCCCCGAACCUGCCCCGUAUGUACGGACUGCCCGGACCUCGCCAGACCAAGCCCAUAUAUGGGGAGGAAAUGGGGCUGUCCGGACAUGUCCGCCAUGCCCGGCCUACCCCAGACGCAUAUGUCCAAACAACUUGGGGAUAAAUUGGGGUUGGGGAACACCGCUGGAGGGGAAGACAAAGUCCGGACGUUUCUGCGGACAAAUGGGGUGCCAAAUUUUAGGUUUGCCCUUGGAGAUGCUCUUACACUUAAAUUAUAUUUUGGAUGUUGACCUUACCUGGCGGAUGCACAAGGCAUCAGAUGGUCAGAGGAGAAGAGUCCAGAUUUGCAUGGGACUUCUCAAGCCAUUCAAGGUUCUUCUUCUUGAUGAGAUAACAGUUGAUCUUGAUGUGUUGGCAAGAGCAAAUCUGUUGACAUAUCUAAAGAAGGAAUGUGCGGAACAAGGUGCAACAAUUAUCUAUGCCACACAUAUCUUCGAUGGCCUGGAUGACUGGCCAACUCACAUUGUCUAUGUUGCUCAUGGGAAGUUGCAACUAGCGCUGCCAUUAGAAAAGGUGAAAGAAAUGAGCCAGUUAUCGCUCAUGAGAACAGUAGAGCGCUGGCUGAGGAAAGAGAGGGACGAAGACAGGAGGAAGAGAAAGGAACGGAAGGAGAAAGGCCUCCCGGCAUUCGACAAGGUCAUUGAGGGGAGCAGAGUAGUGAACAACGGGUGGGCAGCAGGAAGGCUCACUUCGACGAUAGCCGGGGAAGAGAACUUUUCUCUCAGUUCAAACAGCGUUCUUCGGUAG